GUAAAUUAUUUAGCUGCAGAUUCUCAAUGUUUCCUCCCCUAAACAUUUUAGUGUAGAUAACUAGGUAGCUACUACCUUGGCUUAAUAAACGAAGUUUACUACUACAGCAGCACAUACACACUCAUUUGCGAAAUACACUACAUACAAUAAACUGAAGUGUCGUCUCCAUUCAGCCUUUAAACUUAUCUGGGUAUCCUUGCACCACCCCGUUUAAUGCGUCUCAUCUACCGCGUUAAUUCUACGGUACAAUUCUCUUACAAUUCUCUCCCACAUACAUUCUCUUCCCUCCGAGCAUUUGUUACUUUUUUCCCUUUGUUCCCCGUGUUUCUUUUACUACUUUAGCUCGUGUUAUAUGGCGGAAAUAGCGGCUCUCUUCUGCUUGAUCCUAAUGGAGGCCCGCGUCCUUGAAAGAUAAUUACGGAGAUAAGAGAAUAUUUAUGGGCUUAGUUACCUUUCAUACGAAUACGAAUACUCGACUCGACCUUCAAGAUGGGUUGGUUCAGUUUCCUAUCUAGAAAAUCUACCGGUAACUUGAACAAUGAUCUUAAGGCACAAGCUUACGAUGAGACUGUGGCCGCCAAUCCUCCAAUCCGCGGCACCUAUCCGGUUGCUGGUAACGGACCUAGCAUUUUGGAGAAAUUCCAGAAAUCGCAUCCAUAUCUGAGAGAUGGACAUUUCAAUGAUAAUUCCGCACCGCCUCCUAUAGUUCCUCGUCUACUCGAACGUCCCAAUACGGCCCCUACCCAGUCACCCGAAGGAUUAUCCCGGCCAAAAUCCCAAGUAGGAACUCCAGUAAAGUCGUUACGAGAGCCACCUAAGAAGCGACACGGACCCUACAAACUUCCAUCGAAGAUACCAACCGAGAGAAAUGAAUCCAUUCACAGCGUGCCAUCCCCAACUUUCACCCGCGGCCGUAAUUCUUCAAUUUUUAGCGGCGAUUCGGAAUCAACACGUGGAUUCGUCGACUUGCUAGAAGCCCAAUCGUUCAUCAAGCCAUCUGAUUUUUACGGUCGCGUAAAGGCUACCGGCACUAAAGAUUACGAUGAAGACGUUGCGGAUCGCAACAUUAGCGAGAAUGGCUCAAGCCUCAACUCUCCACAAGCCAAGGAGUUCAAGGAGUUCUAUGGAAAGAAUCUAGCCCCAAGCAUUCGGAGUGACGACGAGGAGCUUGACCGACCGCGUUCGUCGAGGAAAAGGCAAUCUAUGGGAUAUGGGUUGCAGACCAAGUCAAGCAAUUCUAUCUUUCGGGCCGCAUCACCUGCGAUGUUGGCUUUGCACGCAUAUCAAGAUGACCCAGCGAACGAAACAACACUAACCGAAAAGGCUCUUCGUCGAAUGUCCUUGCAUUCGUAUGUCGCCUCUUCAUCAGAGCGACCGGUGAGUGCUUCUACGGGAAGAAGAGUCAAGGGGCAAGACUCUGACUAUUUUCCCGAGUCCCUACGAGAGUUGGCUCGCGCGGCGAUUUGGGAAGAUUUUGAAUAUGAUCCAUCUGUGGAUUUAGCCUUGAGGGGCAACGCGACGCAACCAAACCUAUCUCAGGAAAUAUCUAUUCACAGGCAGGAUUCUGACAGCGAUCUUUCCUACCAUGCGCGCAGCGAUUUUAACCGGAUCCGACUUACUCAAGUAGAUCAAUCUCGGUCUCUCAAUAACUCUCCUCAGCGCAGAACCAUGUCACACAUAUCUUCAACCAGCAUUAAGCCACCAUUGAAGACGGGGAGCCUGAGAACUCUCCAUUUGCCCUAUCGUGGCGAAUUAGUUACCGAGAGUAACUUGCCAAGUGCUGAAGAGGAUCUAUACAGAAAAAAGAGCCGUGGUUCUCCGAAGCGCCGCCGCGGACCUAUACCCGACUUCGACGGCUCAUUGCACGAAUUGACAUCGUUGCAACCCCCGGAGCCGAAUAACCCGAAAACAAUCUUCAGUCGCUCUAGUGGCCAAGACGAAUUAAACCGUCGUUAUGGAAAUGGAAGUACCGUCUCCGGGUCUGUGAAGAGUCUCAAACGGUCGGAGACUGAAGACGUAGUUCCGGGACGAGGCAGCAGUAUUCGCCGUUGGUCACUAACUUCCGAGACGGGAGGCUCAACAUUGAGCUCGAAUCCGUUCAGCCCUCAAUCUGGUCAUACCACUAAUACUUCAGUGGAUCUUGCCCCUCGCGUACCGCUACCUAAGGCUACUGAGUUGGAUGAAGCGUCUUUUUCACCUAGUGAAAAUCGCGGAGCAAUGAGGAAUUAUAUGGAACUUGAUGCGCCGGAGCCCUCGUAUCAUGAUGUCGACCCUGAAUUGUUGGCAGGAUCUCUUCUCAAUUCUAGUCGACGGGAGCCUUCGAUGGAUUUCGUUAUCGAUGAGGAUGCCUCAUCGGUCGAUUCCUUUGAUGCUCCUAAGCGUUCUGCAGGUGAAUUUGAGAAGGAUCUUCUCUUUCAAGGCUACGGGAUGGAAGGCUCUCAACUACCAGGACUUUCGGCCUCGUUUGACAUAACGGCGAAGCCUAAUAAGCCGAAACGAUCCCAGCCACGACGAAUAUCCUGUACACCCAAGGAUCCACUUCAUCUAGCCACCUUCAGCUCUACAAAGUUCGAGGAUGCACUUUCUUCUACUCUCGGUUCCCAAUACUCGGCUCCGUCCCUAAAGCAUAAGUCCCGAUCUAGGUCAUCUCGCUUGCAGGUACCAAAGUUUGAUUAUACUGAUUCUGAAGGCAAUGAUGAUUUAGAGCCUGAAAACGACUCUGAGGAAGACUUGAAUUUCGAUAUUCCUUUCAAGCGCUCAAGUGAUUACCGAUACCAUUCCUGUGGUAAUAUGCGACAGUACGAAACUACUGCCCGACUAUUCGAGGAUGAUGACUUAGAUUUACCCGACAUGGCCGUAGUUGCGCGGCUUCGAAGGGAGGCCAAGUCAAAACAGCGUGCAAGUAGUGCCUCAUUGCGGAAGGCCAAGGGAAAAGGGAAAGCACCCGAUUUCUGCAUUCCUAGGAUCGAGUUUGACGAUCAGCCUAGUUACGCGGAUACCAAGUUAUGAAACUGCGAGCACCUAAAACUAAGGGUUUAACUAGAAACCAUGCGGCAAAAACAUAUUUGCAAUACCUCCUUUUCAUCCAUCAUCACCACGGAGGCCUCGAGGCAGCAGCAUACUUUCCCUCAUUAUGCAUAUGAUUGUAAUGGUAUUUAUCAUGAUUUAGAACGAUUUGGCGUAUGGCGAUGAGUUGGCACUGAUGCCCGGCGAGGCUCGCGCCUAUUUUAUACCCCCAGUGCCGUAGGUAGGAUAGGCCCUACUAAUAGUCGGCCCUAAUAGGGAGUUGUGUUUACAUGGUUGUCAUAGCUAAAGAGGUAGGAUCUGAUUGCAAUACCUGGGUUAGGUUAGGUUAGGUUAGGUCAGGUACCUGUCACGGGGAACCCCUGUUUGGCUAAAGACAAUACAUGAUUCCUUCUUGGUUUACUUGUGCAAGCUUACGUGGAAGUUCGCGUGGUGUGGAUGGGUAAACUAAGAUGCUGGUGGGAGACUAGAUAGGUAGGUAGGUACCUACAAUGAUGAUAAUAAACGAAAU